AUGGGUUCUCUGGAGGAGGAGCGCCAGACACAAGGCUUUUUUGGCAGCUCAAGUGCUACCAGUUUCAUGCGUCAGAUCAAAACAGCCGUGGAGAAGAAGGUGGACUCACCCAACCGCCGGACGUCCGAGUCCAUAUUGGGAACUGGGGCGCAAUCGAGUCUGCCCAAGAGGACCGGGAGACCCUCGACCAUAUCCAACUAUGUGCUUCCUCCAAGAAAGACUGCCGAUAGCCUUAUGGAAGUGUACUGGCGCUUUGUGUUUCCUCUCUAUCCGCUGGUAGAUAGCAUGCAUAUGCGAGCGGAGUAUAGCAAGCUCUGGACCGGAGAAACGCUCGACUCGGACGAGAAUAUGCUCAUGUGCACAUUCAACGUCAUUUUCGCUUUGGCCUGCCAAUUGGCUGAUUUCAUCCCGCCGGACGAGCGCGAAGCCUCUGCAGAUGCUUUCUUCUGUCGCGCAAAAGACCUCCUACACUUCAACCUCUGGCACGGCGGCUCUGCUACUCUGAUUCAAUGCCUUCUGCUGAUGGCUCAGUACCUGCAAAGCACCGACUCGGCACAUCAAUGCUGGAUUGUCACUGGGUUAGCAAUUCGGAACGCUCAAAGUCUGGGCCUGCACCUUCCACAAACCAUUGCUUGUCUACCGAGCUUCCAAGAACAGCAACUCGCACGGAAGAUCUGGCACGGAUGUGUUCUUAUGGACAGGGUUAUCUCGAUGACAUUCGGACGACCAGCCAUGAUCUCCAAGGCAUCCUGUGGCUCCGUUCCGCUGCCAGCCACAGUGGACGAAGAGUACAUUCCCGCAGCUCUGGGUGGCGAAGUGAGACAACCCGCGGACCGUCCUUCGGUCAUGGCGUUUUACCGAAAGUCCCUUGAGCUCUACGAGAUUCUGAACGAUAUACUGCUCAGCCUCUAUAAACCUGUUCCCGAAGAGAACCCAGAAGACAUCUACGAUUUCUACUUCAACAAAGGACCGGAUGAAGGCGAACGUACCAUCUUCGAGCUCGAUCGAGCUCUCACCAAAUGGACUCAAAGUCUACCGUCCCAUCUCCGAGGAGAUGUAUCCUCCAGGCCUGAGGAUGCGGUUUUCUACCACCAGAGUGUGGUUUUGAGGGCCCGAUUUCUACAUGUCCGGAUGCUUCUUUUCAGACCCAUUUUGUCAAAGUAUUGUACUGCUCGCGAGAUUACACCCUACGAUCCGCUUAUCUCAGUGAAUGAUUCAUUUCCCCAGCGAGUUGCGCAGCAGUGCUCUAUCAUCUGUGUCAAGGUCGCGCAAGAGGUUAUUGAAUUGAUCCACAGCAACACCCCUGCUGACGGCUCUGCCGGUCCACUUCCAGCCUGGUGGUACAACAUUCUUUAUGUCUACACGGCAGCGACGGUCCUGAUCGCCGGGCGCCUCCGAUCCGCUAUCCUCGAAGAAGUAACAGAAACAGCGAUAACGCGAUCCUGGAAUUGCGCCCUUGACAUAUUGAGAAGCUACCACAGCUACAGCUCAUCCGCUCGACGGUGCGUCGCAGCAUUGGAGAUCCUCUACGAAAGGGUUGUGUCCGAAGGACCACAACAGAAUGAGCCGCCAACCCAAGCUCAAGUCAGCACUUCCAACGCCAUGAACGACAUGUCCCUUGGCGAAGACAUGAAUACGGACUUGCUUGAUGGGUUCGAUAUGCCUGAUUUCCAGGAUAUGUCGUGGCUGAAUAGCGUGCCGAGUAAUCUUUAUUGA